AUGGGAGUUCUCACUUCUUUGUUGAUCCAUCUUUUUCUUCUUUUGCAACUACAAACACUUGUCGUUUUGUCUCAAAACAUCGUAAACGGCUCUGUUCCUGUCAGAGAAUCUCUCACCGCGUCAGAGUCCCAACAAUUCUCCAGUUCAUGGCGUUCCCCAUCCGGUGACUUUGCUUUCGGAUUCCGCAAAAUCAAACAAAACGAUGGUUUCACUCUCUCCAUAUGGUUCGACAAAAUUCCCGACAAAACCAUCUUGUGGCACGCACAGGUCAACACAAGCACGGGUCUUGUCCCUGAUGGUUCGAAGGUAACACUAACCGCAGCUGGCGGUUUGAUUCUCACUGACCAUCGAGGUCACCAGCUCUGGGAUUCGUCUCUCUCUCUGAGUAGUGGCUCUGUUUCUCGAGGGCGCAUGACUGACUCCGGCAACUUCGUUUUGUCGUCAGAAGAUUCCCCUGAUGAGUAUCUGUGGUCCAGCUUCGAAAAUCCUACCGACACUCUGUUACCUUCUCAGAGUAUAGAAGUUAGAGGGGAUCUGUCAUCUCGUAGGACAGAGACAAAUUUCAAGAAAGGAAGAUUCAUGCUACGUCUAGGUGAUGAUGGAGAUGUUCAGCUUUUCACUCUCAACUCCGAGACGCUCGAACAAUCAGACACAUACUUUUCGUAUUACGCAAGUAACACCAAGGAUCCGAACCCUGGGAUUCAGUUAGUUUUCAACCAGUCAGGCUACAUGUAUGUUCUUCGGCGCGACAACUCAACAUUUGUUCUCAAUAAGGGAGAUCCGGUGUCUUCUAGAGACUUCUAUCACCGUGCCGUUCUACAUUUCGACGGUGUUUUCGCUCAGUACUAUCAUCCCAAGAGGCAAGGGAAUGAUAAUAAUAGUGGGUGGGUGUUGGCUUGGGCUGUCCCGGAGAAUAUGUGUGAGAAAACCUUUGGACCAAAUCUUGAUGCUAAUGAGCUUGGGAAUAUGGCUUGUGGGUUUAAUAAUAUCUGCAUUUUAGGACAUAACCAAAGGCCAAGAUGUGAAUGCCCUGAAAGGUUUGUGUUGCAGGAUCCGAGUGAUGUGUAUGGUGACUGCCUGCCGGAUUUUGAGAUGCAGACUUGUGGACCAGUGAAUAACCAAACCGAUGUCGCAACUGCAAACACAGAUGUGAAUCUUUACGAGUUGGUUACGUUAGAGGGGACGAAUUGGCCUUCUGGGGAUUACAAGAGGUACAGAAACUAUGAUGAAGAAAAAUGUAAAGAUGCUUGUAUUAAAGACUGUUUCUGUGCUGCGGUUGUUUUUGGAUUGGAUAGAGUUUGUUGGAAGAAGAAAUUUCCCUUGUCUUACGGUCACAGAUCAAAGACUGGUGAUAGCUAUACACUCGUUAAGGUUCUAAAACGAGCCGCGGAUGUUCCAGUUAACGGAAAGAGAGGAAAAAACCAUGAAUGGUUAAUCAUUGCUUGUUCGGUUCUGCUUGGAGCGUCAGCUUUUGUGAAUUUCAUAUUCCUUGCUCUGUACAGAAAGAAGAGUAAGAGUAAGAAGAAACCGAAUCAAGCAAGAGAUAUAGGUGCUGCUACAGCUACAGCUAAUGCUACUGCACUUGAGUUGAAUCUGAGGGUCUUUACAUACAGAGAGCUCGCGGAGGCUACAAGAGAUUUCACGGAAGAGCUUGGAAGAGGAGCUUUUGGGAUCGUUUACAAAGGUUUUUUAAAAGUUAGCGGCGAUUCUGAAGUUGUCGUGGCUGUCAAGAAACUAGACCGUCUCGCUCAAGAAAACGAAAAAGAGUUCAAUAAUGAAGUUAAAGUCAUUGGUCAGAUCCACCACAAGAACCUAGUGAAGCUGGUUGGGUUCUGCAAUGAAGGGCAGAGCCGGAUGAUCGUCUACGAGUUCUUACCAAACGGGACACUGGCAGAUUAUCUCUUCAGGCGUCCGAGACCGAGCUGGGAAGAUAGAAGGAGAAUCGCCGUUGGGAUUGCGCGUGGAAUCUUGUAUCUACACGAAGAAUGCAGCGAGAAAAUCAUACACUGCGACAUAAAACCGCAGAACAUACUGCUAGAUGAGUAUGACAGCCCUCGGAUUGCGGAUUUUGGUCUAGCAAAGCUUCUGAUGAUGAACCAAACGCAUACUCUCACGAACAUCCGGGGAACCAAAGGCUAUCUCGCAACCGAGUGGUUCAGGAACAGUCCCAUUACAUCAAAAGUAGAUGUCUAUAGCUAUGGAGUAAUGCUUUUGGAAACCGUGUGCUGCAAGAAAGCCGUCGAUCUUAAGGAAAAUGUUAUUCUCAUUGAUUGGGCAUACGAUUGUUUCCGAGAAAAUAGGUUGGACGAUCUUAUCGAAGACGAUUUAGAGGCGAUUGACGAUAUGGAAACGGUGGAGAGAUAUGUGAAGAUAGCGAUAUGGUGUAUACAAGAAGAACCAGGAAUGAGACCUAACAUGAGAAAUGUUACGCAGAUGCUUGAAGGUGUGGCUCAAGUUCAUGAUCCUCCAAACCCUUCUCCUUAUAGCAUCAUCUCUUGUGAUUAG